GGCGUAAGCACGCGACAGUCCAGCCCGGAUGGCUGGGGGCGAAGGCCGCUUACUGCUGCAGCUGGAGUGUCUUAACUUGCAGCUUCUCUGAGGGGUAGACAACUGGGCAUGGGCCUCCCGGGGCUUCGCCAUGAGCUUCCUGAUCGACUCCAGCAUCAUGAUCACCUCCCAGAUACUGUUUUUUGGAUUCGGUUGGCUUUUCUUCAUGCGACAGUUGUUUAAGGACUAUGAGGUGCGGCAGUACGUUGUGCAGGUGAUCUUCUCCGUGACAUUUGCAUUCUCGUGCACCAUGUUUGAGCUCAUCAUCUUCGAGAUCCUGGGAGUUCUGAGCAGCAGCUCCCGUUACUUUCACUGGAAGAUGAACCUGUGUGUGAUUCUGCUCAUCCUGGUCUUCAUGGUCCCUUUCUACAUUGGUUAUUUUAUCGUGAGUAACAUCCAACUUUUGCACAAGCAGCGCCUGCUCUUCUCCUGCCUCCUAUGGCUGACCUUCAUGUACUUCUUCUGGAAGCUGGGCGAUCCAUUUCCCAUACUCAGCCCAAAACAUGGGAUCUUGUCCAUAGAACAGCUCAUCAGCCGGGUGGGCGUGAUCGGGGUGACGCUCAUGGCUCUGCUGUCCGGAUUUGGUGCUGUCAACUGCCCGUACACAUACAUGUCCUACUUCCUUAGGAACGUGACUGACACGGAUAUCCUGGCCCUGGAACGGCGGCUGUUGCAGACCAUGGACAUGAUCAUAAGCAAAAAGAAAAGGAUGGCCGUGGCACGGAGAACCAUGUUCCAGAGGGGGGAGGUGCAAAACAAGCCGUCAGGACUCUGGGGCAUGCUGAAGAGCGUGACUGCAUCAGCCCCAGGAAGCGAAAAUCUGACUCUUAUUCAACAGGAAGUAGAUGCUCUGGAAGAACUAAGCAGGCAGCUUUUCCUGGAAACAGCUGACCUGUAUGCUACUAAGGAAAGAAUUGAAUACUCCAAAACAUUCAAGGGGAAGUAUUUCAAUUUCCUGGGUUACUUUUUCUCUAUUUACUGUGUCUGGAAAAUUUUUAUGGCAACCAUCAAUAUUGUUCUUGAUCGAGUUGGGAAGACUGACCCUGUCACCAGAGGCAUUGAGAUCACCGUGAAUUACCUGGGGAUCCAAUUUGACGUCAAGUUCUGGUCCCAGCAUAUUUCCUUCAUUCUGGUUGGAAUAAUCAUUGUCACAUCCAUCCGAGGACUGCUGAUCACUCUGACCAAGUUCUUCUAUGCCAUCUCCAGCAGUAAGUCCUCCAACGUCAUCGUCCUGCUGUUAGCACAGAUAAUGGGCAUGUACUUCGUCUCUUCCGUGCUGCUGAUCCGAAUGAGCAUGCCCCCAGAAUACCGCACCAUAAUCACAGAAGUCCUGGGAGAACUCCAGUUCAACUUCUAUCACCGCUGGUUUGAUGUCAUCUUCCUCGUCAGUGCCCUCUCCAGUAUCCUGUUCCUCUAUCUGGCUCACAAGCAGGCACCAGAGAAACAUAUGGCACCCUGAACUGAGACCCACUGCAAACUGUGAGAAAAGGAGACACAGUGGGCGCUACCAGGGUCUUAAAUCCUUUACGCAGAGGAGCUGCUGGGGCGGUUUAGUCUGCCUCCAGCACACGCCGUCCUCCUGCGCCAUCCUCCUGCGCCAUCCUCCUGCGAUCCUGGAGUCCUAAGUGACUUAGACUGAGGUACAGGAGGGAGCAAUCCCCCCUCCCCCGCCACAGCAUUCGGCAGGGAGCCUGUGUGGGUCUGAGGCUGUGUGAAUGAGGAGGGUGAGGGUCAGGGCCGGAGGAGACCCUGGUGCUCCUCAGGUGCCUUCCUUUGAAAAAUUUAGUAAAAUCAGAGUUUGUAACACUGUG